GCCAUUUUUCGCUCUAGCGAGAGGGAGUUUGCAGCGCAUUUUAAUCGCUUACAUCGGGUGUCUUAGGCUUUAGCAAUUUCACUCAUAUUACAGCGAUGCGUUCCUAACACUGUGCGCGUUCAUCAUUUAUGAUUAUUUUAUAUCCUCCCGCUCGGAUUAGAGAGAAAACGAGCCUCAAAGCACAAGUGGGACAAAGGGGAACCUGCGCCUCUGAGGAUCAUGAGAAAGGGGGGUUCCUCGGUCCCAGGACAAGUCAUGUUAACGGGGGUUGUUAGAGGUGAACAACACGGUGUUUUUAGCGCGGUUUCCGAUCGACGGUGUGCAGCUUAUUCCAGUGCAGCCCGUAUACAAAUAAACACACCGCCGUCCACUAAUAAUGUCAGUGUGCCCGAGGCUUCUGCGGACAGCUUGUACACAACUCCUCUACAAGGAGCGACACAUGGGACAGGACUGCGACCCACACUAGGACGACCACCGGCUAAAAGGAGACUGGAGCUGGACAUCACAGACCACCAAUACAGCGAGCCAGCUAAAACCCUUCGGAGUCGCAAAGGCGCUCUUAAACUGAAGGUCCCCAAAGCUCCCAAAACCCCACCGGAGAAGACCCGAUACGACACAUCCUUGGGAUUCUUGACUAAAAAGUUCUGUCAACUGCUUGCGCAGUCCUCCGAUGGAGUGCUGGAUCUCAAUAAAGCCGCCAUUGUGCUCAACGUCCAGAAGAGACGUCUGUAUGACAUCACCAACGUGCUGGAGGGGGUGCGCCUCAUCAAGAAGAAGUCAAAGAACAACAUACAAUGGCUGGGCUCCAGUUUGCCGUCAGAGGGUGGGCUUCCAUCUCCAGCCGUGCAGAGUCACAGCCUGGCCAGAGAGAUGCUGGCACUCAGUCAGGAGGAAAGACGCCUGGAUGAGCUCAUUCAGACCUGCACGCGUAACGUCCAGCAGAUGACUGAGGAGAUACACAGUCAGAAAUAUGCUUAUGUGACCUAUCAGGACAUCCGAAGAAUAAAGAGCCUAAAAGACCAAACCGUCAUAGCGGUUAAAGCUCCAUCUGAAACAAAGUUGGAGGUGCCUGACCCAAAGGAGUGGAAAUGUAGAGAGAUGCUGUUUGGAAUGGAGCUGGUUGAAGAUAAAAUACUUUUUAACGAACUGAGGGGAUUAACUGGUUAUCAGUGCAUGAGUUGGAUUCCCUUUGGCUUUGGGAAAGAUGUGGCCAGAGGCUCUGAGACCCUCACUGGGGAUUAG